AAGACUCUCUAACGUAGAUAUCAAGCAUGUGAUGAAUGAAUACAACGAUGCAGAUAUAAAGCCUGUGAAUUUAGUCCUGCAUGUAUCAUUUUAAAGCUGACUUACGAAAUGAAACAGUGAAAUAAUUUAAGAGAAAUUAACGAUUAAAGGUGAAGACGAACGUCAGAAAUGGCGCUAGAAACAUCAUGGCUAGAUCUAUGCUUUGUGGAGAAGAUCCUGCGAAAGUCGGAAAACGACGAUUCGAUUAAAGUGAUGAAUAUAGUUUCGAAACCGGCUACAAGCAAGGGUGACAACUACACUAGUGACAUGAUUAGAAUUACUGCCGAAUAUUUACAUAACUCUAAAAUUAAAGAAACCAAAUCCAUUAUUAUUAAACUCACUCCUGUAGACGGUGUUCGACAGAAGAUCGUCACACAAGCAGGUCUCUUUCACACAGAGAUGUCGAUGAUGUCCGAUACUUUGGAUAAAAUGAAUAAGUUGUUAGGGCCGAAGCACCGCUUGAGUGCGAAAAUUUUAUAUGUGCAAAAUGGAAAUCCAAUGCUUCUAGUGUUCGAAGAUCUUGCAUCUCUCAGUUUUCGAAUGGCUGAUCGCUUAUCUGGUCUCGACUUAGAUCAUUCUCUAUUGGCAUUUCGCGGACUUGCCAGGUUUCAUGCAGCCUCCGUUGUUUUAUGCGAAAAGAACCCGAAGCAAAAAGAGAUGUAUUCAAAAGGAAUGUUUUAUAAUCAGCACUCGCCAGAAAUGAAAUCUUUCUUCAUUAUGGGUGCCAAAACUUUAGCAGAUGAGAUUGCGAACUGGCCAGAAGCGAAAAAAUACUCCGAGAAAGUUUCUAAACUUUCUGAUCACAUGUACCAAAUAGGAAUAGAUGCACAUGUACUCUGUGAAGACGAAUUUAAUGUUAUUAAUCAUGGUGAUUGUCACGUGAAUAAUAUGUUAUUCAAAUAUGACAAUAAUGGCAAACCUACUGAUCAGAUUUUUGUAGACUUUCAAAUGUGUAUCUAUGCAUCGGCGGCACUCGAUCUUAUCUAUUUACUCAAUUCAAGUAUUUCCUUCGAUGUUAUUGAACAUAAGACAGAUAUUUUAUUAAACGAAUAUCUUCACACGUUAUCAACGACUAUGAAACAAUUGAAUUGCAAGACGCAGCCGCCCACUAUGAAAGAACUGAAGGCUUCCAUAAAACGAAAAGCUAGCUAUGGAAUGUUGAUAUGUUUCACCAUUUUACCGUUUAUGCUGAUCAGUAAAGCUGAGGCAAAAGAUUUGGAUGAAGUACUGGGCAGUAGUACUUUUAUGCAUCCAGGUUUAAAGAAAAUGACGCUAGAAACAUCAUGGCUAGAUGCAUGCUUUGUGGAGAAGAUCCUGCGAAAGUCGGAAAACGACGAUUCGAUUAAAGUGAUGAAUAUAGUUUCGAAACCGGCUAUACGGAAGGGUGAUAACUACACUAGCGACAUAAUUAGGAUUAUUGCCGAAUAUUCACGCAACUCUAAGAUUAAAGAGAAAAAAUCCAUUAUUGUCAAACUCUGUCCUGUAGACGGUGUUCGACAGAGAAUCGUAACACAAGCAGGUCUCUUUCACACAGAGAUGUCGAUGUUGUCCGAUACUUUGGAUAAAAUGAAUAAGUUGUUAGGGCCGAAGUACCGCUUGAGCCCGAAGAUUCUCUAUGGGCAAAUUGAAAAUCCAACGCUUCUAGUGAUCGAAGAUCUCGCAUCUCUUGGUUUUCGAAUGGCUGAUCGUUUAUCUGGUCUCGACUUAGAUCAUUCUCUAUUGGCAUUUCGGGUACUUGCCAGGUUUCAUGCAGCCUCCGUUGUCUUAUGCGAAAAGAACCCGAAGCAAAAAGAGAUGUAUUCAAAAGGAAUGUUUUAUAAUCAGCACUCGCCAGAAAUGAAAUCUUUCUUCAUUAUGGGUGCCAAAACUUUAGCAGAUGAGAUUGCGAACUGGCCAGAAGCGAAAAAAUACUCGGAAAAAGUUUCUAAACUUUCCGAUCACAUGUAUCAAAUAGGAAUAGAUGCAUAUAUACUCUGUGAAGACGAAUUUAAUGUUAUUAUUCAUGGUGAUUGUCACGUGAAUAAUAUAUUAUUCAAAUAUGACAAUAAUGGCAAACCUACUGAUCAGAUUUUUGUAGACUUUCAAUUGUGUACCUAUGCAUCGGCGGCACUCGAUCUUAUCUAUUUACUCAAUUCAAGUAUUUCCUUCGAUGUUAUUGAACAUAAGACAGAUAUUUUAUUAAACGAAUAUCUUCACACGUUAUCAACGACUAUGAAACAAUUGAAUUGCAAGACGCAGCCGCCCACUAUGAAAGAACUGAAGGCUUCCAUAAAACGAAAAGCUAGCUUUGGAAUGCUGGUAUCUUUCAUCAUUUUACCGCUUUUAUUGUGCUGUAAGUCUGAGGCAAAAGAUUUCAAUGAAAUACUGGGCGGUACUACUUUUAUGCAUUCAGGUUUAAAGAGUGAGAGUUUGAAAAAAAUAUUGAUAAAAAGACUGCCAUUGUACGACGAGUGGGGUUUGCUGGAUAUCUAAUGUAUACUUUAGUGAUAGAACAUUAAAAUAGAAAAAAUAUAGAAGUCUAGAAAAUAAGGAUAUUAGAAGUAAAUAUAACGAAUACAUUAAAAUUAAUAACAAUAGAUGAAGGAUGUUGACGUUUGAA